AUGAGUUACAGUUUUUACGACGUAGACUUUAGCGAAGAACUUAGUGGUCCUUCAGCCAAAAGAUUCAAAAUGAACAACCCUGACACACAAAAUAAUACUUUCCUUUUCACUUCCGAGUCCGUUGGUGAGGGACAUCCAGGUAAAUUUCAUUGUGCUGCUUGAAUUUUUAAUUGAUUUAUCGCGCCAUGUUGGGAAUUGUACAGAAUUGCACUGUUUGGUGAUUUCCGUCCGACUCAAAUGCCUUACUAACUGUUGUUGUCUGUUAUUCACAGAUAAAAUUUGCGAUCAGGUCUCUGACGCUAUUCUGGACGCCCAUCUUAAGCAAGAUCCCGAUGCUAAAGUUGCGUGCGGUAAGGGCUUUAACUGGAGGGUUCGCUCGAUGCAUGCUUAUGAAGUAAAGGCGUUGUUGUGACUCGUCUAAGUUGAAAACUCAGUUUAAGUGUUCCAUAACUGUUUAACGAGCCACAGAAAAAGAAAAAAUAAAGUUGAGGGUGUCCUUUUGCCGAUAGAAAACUUGUUACUCCAGCAACAUUAAAAUGCGCUACCGAAUCCCGUAUCGCUGUACUUCAAGAGUGCGUGGCUAGUUUGUUGUCGACGUCGAGUUUUCUGCCGUGACAAAAGGCUUUAAAUUGGGGGCCAAAAAUUUUUUCUCUGUAUUUUUAAAGUUUUAUGAUCCUAUUUUCUGACAGGUUUGGGACAAAUUUUUAUUGUUGGUGUACGUCAUUUUUGAGAGUUCUUGGUAUUGCUCUGCUCCGCGGGCGUUGAGGACAGACCAUGAGCGUAAUUUCCCGGGAUCGUGUGAAAUUGCGUAAUGCCAUGUUUAAAUAUUCAAAUGACAAUAGGGCAAUAGGGUGUUCGAUUUUCUCGUUUUAACUGUUCUGUGCCGUUUUUUGUGUGUUUCCUGAGCCUAGCAAAAACUUGUGGCAUGAACGAGCAAUCUAUGUUUCCUCUUAAAUCGGUAUUCUUGUUUUGCCCCGAAGUGGUUGUGUUUUAAUGCCGCCAAACCGGUUAUACGCAUCAAUAGUAAACAAGGCCCACGUUUCAUACAUCACGUUUUGAUCAUUGUUGUUUCUACGUUAAAAUACUUUCCGCUUGCCUUAAAACAUUCUUUUAUCGUAUUUCGCAGUCUGCAAAUUAAACUUUUUUGGACAAUAUAACUUGGUUCCAACAGUUACAAACUAAAUGGAACACAAAUACCCUAAGCUUGUUCCCACAAAUUUCUCUAUUUUGUAAGACCAGUUUCGAUCAACUGGAAAAGGAAUCCUGUCAGUCUAGUCGACAGAAAUAAAUAGAAAAAACAUCAUGUGAUAGAAACUGAUUUUUUCGUUAAGUAUAUCAAAGCGUGGCUUUAAAGUCUACCGUUGCAGCACGUAAGAUGUUGUUUCAUGCAUUUAACAAACGAAUUUGAAGAGAAACUCCAGCACCACCUUUUCAAUAAUAUUGUUACAUGUAACUUCUCAGAAAAAGGAGAUCUUGAUUUAAUAUGCGAGGUUUCGAGAGAUCAACAAGAACAAACUAGCCAUUCAAGUUUGAUGUAAUUUCGUAUACUAAUUUGACAACAUUUCUUUUUGUAGAAACCGUUUCCAAGACAGGCAUGAUUCUUGUUUGUGGUGAAAUCACAUCCAAAGCCGUUGUUGACUACCAGACUGUUAUCCGUGAUACCAUAAAGAAGAUUGGUUAUGACGACUCUAACAAAGGUAGGCAUGCCAUUGAUUUUAUGGAGAAGCAACACAAGUAGGUCCUGCUUUUUUGACCCCCUUGACCUUCAGAAUUAUAUGUGAUGUAAUUUCUGAAAUGCAUUUUGCAUAAUUUUUGUUAACCUUGAUUAUUAACAACAAAUGCUGAGAACUGUGGCUAUCCUUCUCUUACAAAAUAUUCUCAUUUACUUUGAAAGAUAUUUAAAGGAUAUCAUAAUGGUUGUAGUGAAUUAAAUUGUCCAACAAUAGUUCAGCAAUAACAAACAUAUAUUUCAAAUGUAUGUGACAUCUCAUAAAAGGUUAUUUUCUUAAGGUGAAUUUCUGUCUUUAUUUUAGAAGUAGAAACAUUGAUAGUGUUGUGUUUAUUCAGGGUUUGACUACAAGACCUGCAAUGUGUUAGUUGCCCUUGAACAGCAGAGCCCUGACAUUGCCAUGGGGGUUCACACUGGAAGAAAUGAAGAAGACAUAGGGGCUGGUGACCAGGGACUUAUGUUUGGUUAUGCCACUGAUGAAACGGAAGAGCUUAUGCCUCUUACGGUUGUGUUAGCUCAUAAUCUCAACAAGAAACUUGCAGAGAAUAGGCGCAAUGGAACAAUGUCGUGGGUGCGACCUGACUCAAAGACCCAAGUUACGGUGGAGUAUAAGUCUGAGAAUGGAGCUGCUGUUCCCAUCAGAGUUCACACCAUUGUUAUUUCUGUGCAGCAUGAGCCCAAUAUCACCUUGGAUCAAAUGAGAAAACAACUGUAUGAGAAAGUCAUCAAGGUAAUAAUAUUUUUCACCUCUUCUUAAGUCAUUGCAGCAAUGCUUUUUUGCAUCAGUAACCGUCAAGUUUCGUUACUUCCGGCUUUAGCACCCUUCUGCUAUCAUUUUUUGGGGGAUCAUUACUUUUGGAUGGCUGUGUACUCCACAUGGGCACUUCAGGAAAUAUAAUCGCAAAAAAAAUGUGAAAGGAAUAGUAUUUGGAGAAAGGUUUUGUAUACCGUGUACUUUAAGAGUUGUGAAUAGGAAUUUUGAAUAAUCAUUAUUAAUAAACCUCAGAUCAGUGUGGUAGUUGUUCAGGGUAUCUAUCACAUCUGUUUUUUUUUGUGUAAGGGGAAAUAAGUUUUGAGGCCUCUACUUUCAGGGGUUUGUUAUUUUCAGGGGUCGCUACUUUCAGGAUCUACCAACACCUGUGACAUUUUGUCACUUCUUUCAAGGGGUCAUUACUUUCAGAACUUAAACAAAGUAAAAACAAAUAAACUUAAACAAAGUCUAUGAAGGAACUGGACAAGGUUCACAUUUUUUUAACAAUGACAAAAAACUUUAUAUAAAAAUUGAAUAAGAGUUGAGCAAAUGUUUAAGUAGUAGCAAUGCUAGAUGACCUGAGUAAUUAUUUGUUUCAUAUGUCUUGCAAAUUUUACAGACUGUUGUCCCUGCCAAGUACCUUGAUGAUGAUACAAUCUACCAUCUUCAACCUUCCGGUGCCUUUGUGAUCGGUGGUCCCCAAGGAGAUGCUGGUCUGACUGGAAGGAAGAUCAUUGUUGAUACCUAUGGUGGAUGGGGUGCUCAUGGUGGAGGCGCCUUCUCUGGAAAGGAUUUCUCAAAGGUUGGUUUUAGCCACUGAUGGUUGCGGUGAUCAUACUGGUCUGCUACUGCCAUAGGAUAACUGUAAAUGGUGUAUCACCCCUUACGGUCAAGGUUCAAUUAAUACUGAUGAUCAACAAAAUUAAAAAACUAGCGGUUGCAUAACUUGCAAAGAAAUGGCAUAUAGGAUAGGAUCAUGGUGUUACAAAAGUUAAAAGUAUGUUGUUUAAAUUAAAUCUUCCAACUGUAAGUAAAUAUUGAAGGGCUUCAGAUUCUAAGACGAAUGCCACCCGUCAACCACUGUCUGUUUAUUUUUGUUGUUGCUUUGCUUUUUAAGGUCAGCGUUGAGUUUCUUUCAUUUUUUUUUGCAGGUCGACCGAUCUGGUGCAUAUGCUGCUCGGUGGAUUGCCAAGUCUCUUGUAGCAGCAGGUUUGUGCCGUCGUGCUCUUGUCCAAGUCUCCUACGCUAUUGGAAUUGCUGAACCCUUGUCAAUCACAGUGUUCUCUUAUGGAACUAGCAAGAAGAGUGAAGAUGAGCUCUUGAAGAUUGUUAAAGAUAACUUUGAUCUUCGCCCUGGCAUGAUUGUUAAGUAAGUAUUCAUUUUUCUAGUUAUCUCAUAAUUACUAAAUAGUAACGAUUUAUUUAAGCCCAUGAAUGGCAUCUUCAUUUCAGUUUAUAUGCACUGGGAGGUUAAAUAAUAAGCAAGGUUAGCAGCUGAGGGAGUGAGAUUUAAAGUUUAUCAAUUUUGUUGAUGGCUGUAAUACCUUGCACAACAAUAAUAAUGAUAAUAAUAAUAAUGAUUAAUAUUAUUGUUUGAGGCAGUGAUAAUCCCACCCCACUUCUUGCAGACAACUCUCUUCUUCAGACUCUCUAGCCUCUGUUGGUGUCAACGUCUCCCUCAAUAAUACAAACGCCUAGGAGACUGAGUGGCAUAGGGCGUGGAUGACAUUAAGGUUGGCCACUUAAAUAGCAUUUCUGGACUUUAAAUUCAUUGGUAUCUCUUUUCAUUUUUUUAGGGAACUGGACUUGAAAAAACCAGUCUACCAAGAUACAUGCGUUUAUGGUCAUUUCAAGCCUGGCUUCACAUGGGAAGUCCCCAAGAAGCUUGUUUAUUAAAUAAGCUCUCCCAUUGAAACACUUGUAUUUCUGACCCUUGGAUCUCGGAACCACCUGGAGUAGACAAGAAUGAUUCAUACAUAAAAAUGAUUCCUUCACAACGAACAUUUGAAAGAAAUACGGACUUGAAAAAAUAUAACUGAAUUUUUGAAUAAUAUAGUUUCAACACAUUUAUGAACUCUAUUUUUGUUUUCUCAAUCUGUAAAGAGGAUUGAAUGUAUUUGCAAGAGUCGUUCACACUGCUGUAAAAAUGCAAGCUCAUCUAGCAAGCUAUCAAAAGAAUGGAAGGAAUUUUAGAAGUGAAAAAGCAGUAAAACAUCAAUCUGUAUUGCAGAAUAUUAAAUUAUAUUGUUAUUUAUUCCUUAGGCCUCCUGAGCCUAUGAAUGUAGUUGAAGAAACGUUGCCGUGUUUUAAAGCAUUGCAAUAUUUCUUUCACAUUCUUUUACUAAGGUGUUGGUUGUGUCAUUUCCUUAGGCCUCCUGAGCCUAUGAGUGUAGUUAAGAAACGUUGCCGUGUUUUGAAGCAUUGCAAUAUUUCUUUCACAUUCUUUUUCUAAGGUAUUGGUCGUGUCAUUUCCUUAGGCCUCCUGAGCCUAUGAGUGUAGUUAAGAAACGUUGCCGUGUUUUGAAGCAUUGCAAUAUUUCUUUCGCAUUCUUUUUCUAAGGUGUUGGUCGUGUCAUUUCCUUAGGCCUCCUGAGCCUAUGAGUGUAGUUAAGAAACGUUGCCGUGUUCUGAAGCAUUGCAAUAUUUCUUUCACACUCUUUUAUCUAGGUAGUAAUCAUGGAAUUCCUUAGGCCUCCUGAGCCUAUGAAUGCAGGUAAAGAAACGUUGCUGUGUUUAAAUGCAUUGCAAUAUUUCUUUUGCAUUCUCUUGUUUCUCUAUACUUUUGCUUUGGUUUUUGUUGUUUGCUUUACUUUUUGUUUUGUUUGGUCCUAAAAAUCAUCUGAAUGUUUUUUAAAAAAAUAUUUUACCCAGUAAUGAAGCAUUAAAGAACAGUCAUGGAGUUGUUUGGAACUCGAGUCUUGUCUUGUUAUUUUAGAUAUUGUAAGAACCUGCAUUUAUGUUUUUUAAAGUCUGGUAAAAAAAGGUUCUUGUAUUUUGGGGUAAUUAUUGGCAAAGGCUCUGGAUCAGGUUGUUAAUUUCUAUGAAGGAGAUACAGAUGUUGACUUACAGAAAAAUAAAGAAUCUCAAACUUGGCCCUUAAAUAUACAGUAUUUAUUCACGACUAGCAUUAUGUAAUAUCGGGUGAUAACCAGAUUUGACACACAACGUAUUACUCUCUUAACGCAACAAUACUGGAACAGAACGCCAUUAACCUUGUAGAACUGCUGAGAAAAAAACCCAAACUGCAGAGUGCCAAUUAUGGAGAGAACAUACUGGAGAGGGCACUGAAACGAAAUAUUGUAUUGGGAUUCAGCAUGUAAACACAGAGUUAUUAAACAAGGAAUCGAUAACUAAAGAAGUUUGAGAUCAAAUCAGUUGGAACUUAAAAAGACUUUAUUAUUACUGAAUAUUUAGCCAGUCCAAUUUUUUGUAAAAUGAUUACGUUUCUCUACAGUCAUUUUCUUUCACAAAAAUAUCUAUAUCCUUCUUGGGUAGAUCCCUAGCGCUUAUGUGCAUAUAAAUUCUCAUGGGUGGAUGUUCGCUUGUUGUAUGUAUGCUGGAGGUUUUUCGCUUGUUGUAUGUAUGCUGGAGGUUUUUUUAAAAAAUAAUUUCAAGAUAUUUAGAGGAGCGUUACUAAUAUUGAUAUUGUUUAUUAAGUUGGAAAAAAAAUUGCAUCGGCAAAAAAAAGAUUAAUUGGUAUAAAGUGGC